UACGGUGGCCGGCGGGGCUGGGGCGGCGGUGUGGGCUGCUGCGCGUCCCGCCAUGGGUGGCCGCAUCGAGUGCGUGUUCUUCAGCGAGUUCCACCCCACGCUGGGGCCCAAAAUCACCUACCAGGUCCCCGAGGACUUCAUCUCCCGGGAGCUGUUUGACACCAUCCAGGUGUAUGUCAUCACGAAGCCCGAGCUGCAGAACAAGCUGAUCACCGUGACGGCCAUGGAGAAGAAGCUGAUCGGCUGCCCCGUGUGCAUCGAGCACAAGAAGUACAGCCGGAAUGCUCUGCUCUUCAACCUGGGCUUUGUGUGUGAUGCCAGAGCCAAGGCCUGUGCGCUGGAGCCCAUUGUGAAGAAGCUGGCUGGCUACCUCACCACCCUCGAGCUGGAAAGUGGAUUCAUCUCCAAUGAGGAGAGUAAACAGAAGCUGGUUCCCAUCAUGACCAUCCUGCUGGAGGAGCUGAAUGCCAAAGGGAAGUGCACCCUGCCCAUAGAUGAGUCAAACACCAUCCACCUGAAGGUGAUCGAGCAGCGCCCAGAUCCCCCCAUUGUGCAGGAGUACGAUGUCCCCGUCUUCACCCAAGACAAGGAUGACUUCUUCAACUCCCAGUGGGAUCUCACCACACAGCAGAUCCUGCCCUACAUUGAUGGAUUUCGGCACGUCCAGAAGAUUUCGGCAGAAGCCGACGUGGAGCUGAACUUGGUGCGCAUUGCUGUGCAGAACCUGCUGUAUUAUGGGGUUGUCACACUUGUCUCCAUACUCCAGUACUCCAAUGUCUACUGCACCACGCCGAAGGUCCAGGACCUGGUGGAUGACAAGUGCCUCCAGGAAGAGUGUCUGUCCUACGUCACCAAACAAGGGCACAAGCGAGCCAGCCUCAGGGACGUCUUCCAGCUGUACUGCGGGCUGAGCCCUGGCACCACGGUGCGAGACCUGAUCUCCCGCUACACCCUGCAGCUCCAGAGGGUGGACGAGAGGAGGCUCAUCCAGUUUGGUUUGAUGAAGGGCCUUAUCCGGCGGCUCCAGAAAUACCCAGUCAAGGUGGCCCGGGACGAGCGGAGCCACCCAGCCCGGCUGUACACGGGCUGCCACAGCUAUGAUGAGAUCUGCUGCAAGACCGGCAUGAGUUACAAGGAGCUGGAUGAGCGCCUGGAGAACGACCCCAACAUCAUCGUGUGCUGGAAGUGAUGGCAGCGAUGGCCCUCACUAAGCCGUGUCCCCCCGCGCAUUCCCCGUGUGUCCCCGUUGUCCCCCACGUGUCCCCGGAGCGCCCCGCUGGCUGCGGCCACUCCUCCGCGCCGCCAGGGGGCAACAGAGGCCGCCCCUCGCCGCUGCU